GUCUCUCUCCGUCUCUCCUCCGCUCUCCUCCUCUCUGUUCUCCUCCCUCCCCAUCUGGCCCUACAGUUAAUAUCCUCAGUGACCUGUCUCACCCCACUGACCUGUCUCACCCCACUGACCUCACAGGGCUAAUCCGAUGCUGCAGGCAGGAGAAGAGACCGGCAGAGAAAGCAGGAGAGACAGAGAGACAGGAAAAGGAAAGGAAAUAGAGAGAGAGAGAGGAAAGAAGGAAAGAGAAGAUGAGAUAAAGUAUGACGUAAAGAGAAGUAGCGGGGCGAAACACUGAAAGAAAACAACAAAGGGAUCAGACAAGAUAAAGCGGGGUGAAGGAGGACAGAUAACAGUAAACGGUUUUCAGACCACCUGCGAGAAAGACUGAUUGAAAGAGAGAGGACUACAGAUUACAAACUGCAGUAGUAGUAGAUCAUGGUAGAUCUGUUUUUGGGACGUUCUCUGGUGUGUAACAACAGGGACCGCGUGGAGUACGACACGGAACGCGAGAUCAUCCUUCGCCUGCAGAACCGCAUCUUGCUCCUCUUCUUCGGUUCCGCAGAUUGCCAGCGGUGCCAGGAGUUUGUCCCUACGCUGAAGGACUUUGUGAAACGCCUGACCGAUGAGUUCUACGUGGAACGCUCUGCCCAGCUGGUCCUUCUCUACAUCAGCCUGGACCAGUCAGAAGACCAGCUGGAGAGUCUCCUGAAGGAGCUGCCCAAGAGAUGCCUAUUCCUGACCCACGAUGACCCCUACCGCAGAGAGCUGGAGUCUAUGUUUGAGGUGGAGGACGUCCCCAAGGUGGUGGUUCUACGACCGGACUGCUCUGUUCUGUCUCCCAACGCCGUCGCAGAGAUAUGUAGCCUAGGAACCGACUGCUUCCGCAACUGGCAGGUGUGUGUGUCUAACAACUGGCAGGAAGGGGCGGAGCUUAUCGACAGGAACUUCAUGAUGAACGAGGAAUACGACGACAAAGAGAUGCGGAGUGUCACCGACCCGAUACGACGCUUCAAAUACAAGGUGGAGAAGAACAACAAGAAGAAAAGGAGAUGGGGGUGGGGUCGUGGAGCCAGAGGAGGAGAGAAGGAUGGAAAGGAGGAAGGAGAGGAGGAGGGAGAGGAGGACGGAGGAGGGUCCUGGGGAUGAGGUGUAAAGUAAGGAGGAAGUGCUAGAAGGGAAGCCAACGCCAAUCACGCUAUGAUUGGUGGGUUCUGUCCGGACAGACGUCUGGAUUGGCUAGCUGUUAAUAGCUGGACUGCUAAUGUUGACAGUAUGUCUCCCAAAUGACAGCCUAUUCCCUUCAGAGUGUUCAGCUCAUGAUCACAGGCUUCAGGAACCUUUAUAAGAAACAUUUUUCACCAUCUCUUUAAUGUCAUUUAAAGCAGAAAGAGGUAUUUUCAAUGUCAUCUGCUCAGAGAGGUCAUAACCCUUAAUAAGGCUAUGCCAGCAGAGCUUUGUUACCUUUAAGGCUCUGGUGAAAAGGAAUAGGCUUCCAUUUGGCAGGCAGACAAUAGUGGGGUGUAGCUUUGUAAAGCUUUUGUAAUGAGCCCAACUCACCCUGUACUCCCCCACUCACCCUGUCCUCCCCCACUCACCCUGUCCACCCCCACUCACCCUGUCC